AUGCUGACUUUUGAUAAGCCGCCCUCCACGCAGACCAGCAGUCCCUUCAGGACCAGCUGGACCACUAACCAAUUAACGAAAGCAGUGAAGCCCGAGCCUGGCAGAGCCCCGGAGGACACGGCCGAGUCCAGGAGAGAGGACUGCGGAGAGGAGGAAGAGGAGGAAGGGGAAGAGGAGGAGGAACAAGCGGGCGGCCUAAGACGAAGAGAUUCACAUAAGAAGAAGCUGAGCCAGGCCCGACUGGACCGUGUCCGGCUGCGGCGCAUCGAGGCCAACGCGCGCGAGAGGAACCGGAUGCAUGGUCUGAACAAGGCGCUGGACAGUCUGCGGAAGGUGGUCCCAUGCUACUCCAAGACGCAGAAACUGUCCAAAAUCGAGACGCUCCGCCUGGCCAAAAACUACAUCUGGGCCCUCAGUGAGAUCCUGAGCACCGGGAAGAGGCCCGACCUGCUCACGUUCGUGCAUACUCUGUGUAAGGGUCUGUCCCAGCCCACCACCAACCUGGUGGCCGGCUGUCUGCAGCUCAGCUCCCGCAGCUUUCUGUCGGAACCUGGCGGGGACUCGUUCUCCCGGUACCCCGCCUAUCAGCACCCCGGGAUGGAGACGGUGGGUCCUGGCUCGGCGGACAGACCCAUGCGCCCCUUCGGCUCUGUGUUCGGUCCCUAUGAUGCUCUUUACGACAGUCCCUCUCCGGACACGUCCAGCCCGCUGGACACAGUAGGGACCCUCAGUCCCCCCGUCAACUUCAACGGGAUUUUCUCGCUCAAGCACGAGGAGCCGGUGGAGCGUAGCUGUCACUACGGCCUCCGGUACUGCUCUAUCAGCCAGGGGCCCUCCGCAGAGAUCGGCCCCUAUGACAUCCACCUGCGAGGCCAGUUUUACCAGGUGCAGGAGGAAUUAAACAAACCUUUCCACAGUUAACGAGCCUCACAUGGAGAUUUAACAG